AUGGUGAUUAUGGGUGAGUACCCUGGUGCUGGGCAAUUGGUGGAUGCGAAUCCAGACGUGGGUGCAGUGGAUACAGAUACCUAUGAGACGCUUGAUGAUGGGACUCUAGUGCAAAACAUCGGUGGCGAUCGAGGUGUAUUUCUGGAAGACUUAGAGCAGGAGAUGUUUGAAACGGAUGAACUCCCCUCCACGAUUUAUGUGACCUAUUACAGCUUAUCAAAGUUGAUUGUACAAUCGCUUGCCUUCCCCUUCAUUUGCAACUUGAGUGGUGGCUUCUUGGCCGUCGCCGCCAAGCAUGUGAAAUGGUUACGGACGUGGCUGGGUAUUGCGCCGGGCAUUGUUCCUGAGACGGACUUUGGGUUCUGGUGGAAUCUUGUGUGGCCUCAAGACCCGAUGCAAACGCUCUCGAGGGAAAGAUACGAGCUCGAUGCCCUGUGGUCUGAUCCCAGCACCACUGCACUCUUUGAUGAAUUGGACCCGAUAUGGUACCGCAAUAUGUUCGGCGGUGGGCUGUACAUCGUGCUGAAGGAUAGUCUCGUCUUAUUGUACCAGUACCUGCGGAAAAAACAAAGGCAGCAGCUUCGUAUUAAGGAUUUCCCAUUCAGCGAGGGAGUAGCAAGAGAGCUCGCUCUGCAAAGUGCACGCAGGAAUGAAGAUUGA